AUGGCUAAGAAUAUCACUUUUCUUGGAGAACAAACUAUUGCCAACUCCCUUAAAUGUUUGCCUAUUGAGAAGAAACAAAGUUUUCUUUAUCCAAUAACACAACAUACAUAUUUGAGUAAAGAACAAAUGAAGUCAAUUGCUACACUUCUCUUGGUGCUGAACUUUUGCAUGUAUGUCAUAGUUUUAGGCAUUGGUGCAUGGGCUAUGAAUAGAGCAAUAGAUCAUGGCUUUAUCAUAGGUCCAGAAUUAAAACUUCCAGCUCAUUUCUCACCCCUUUUCUUCCCAAUGGGAAAUGCUUCAACUGGAUUCUUUGUUACAUUUUCUUUGAUGGCUGGAGUAGUUGGUGCUGCAUCAACAAUUUCAGGAAUCAAUCAUAUACGUUCAUGGACUUCUGAGAGCUUGCCAUCAGCAGCUUCAGUUGCUACUAUGGCUUGGACUCUUACACUCCUUGCAAUGGGCUUUGCAUGGAAAGAAAUUGAGCUUCAAAUUAGAAAUGGCCGUUUGAAAACCAUGGAGGCUUUCCUAAUUAUCCUUUCAGUUACACAGCUUCUCUACAUAGUUGCUAUUCAGGGUGCUGCUGCAUAUAAUAUACAUAUUUGACAAGUGAGGGAAUUUUUUUGCUGUUUAUUUUGGUUGGCCAUGAGAGGGAAUGCAUGCAUUUUUCUCUCUUUAUCUUUGAUUUAUCUAUUUUUCUUUUCCAUGUGAUUUGAAUGAUUGGAUUUGUAUAACUUGAGA